AUGGCCUCGCAAGCGAAGUUCUCGUUCCUGAAUUCUCAUGGAGGCCCAGGCAGCCGACAACUACAUGGCUUCACAGGCCUUGAUCAGUCAGCUCCCGCUCGAUCUGCCUCGCUGCCGACGAUGAACAUCUCUGCGGGGUUUUCGAUGAAGCUAGGCAACCAGCUCGGCUUCAAUGCUUAUGCCAAUCUACGUGGCCCCUUUGUGGCCCGCCGCGACAUUCCGAUACUGCCGAAGAACCCGCGGGCCAUAGAGAGGGAGAUCUACAAAGCACGCGUGGAGGAAGUCUGGGUGAUGCCUGAACGACUUCGCCCAGAGACCUUGCCACCAGCAGGGCAACAGAAGGAGCGGCGCAUGGGCAAGAGGAUGGUCUCCGAAAACACGAACACCCUCAGCCAUGUGGAUACCUUAAUUUGGGGCUCAGACAUUGACAAGAGUGACGGACUUCUCAAGCAAUGCGACUCCGAGAUUUACCGGGGUGCUGCCGGCCUGAAUGCAAAGGCAGAGCGCACGCCGAUCUACGGCUACAUCCCUCCCGUCUGUUACCGAACCUUCGGCCCCGAAGGGCCCGUUCGUUUCCAGUGA